GUCAAAUUAAAAAUUCAAGUGCCAACCAGAUACCAAAAUAACCAAGGGUAAAAUUCAGAAAUUUAAAAACUUGAUACAAAUUCUAACAAUUAAUUAGAAACUGUCCGAUUUUGGUAAGAAGAAAAGCUCUGGUAGAAAAUCAUAGCAACACAAGACAGAUCACGCAGCAUGAUACUACCUACAGUAUCAAGGAGAAAUAUUUUACAUUGAGACAUUAUUUUUACCACAACUUUAUAUUAUCCAUUCACUGUAAAAUUAAUUAAACUAUAAAAUGGCGUUAAAAAUGGUACGUAAAGCUGUCAAAACUAUAUGUUUACGAGAAAAAUGUAGUGGAUUACAAAGGACUUUAAGCACUAGCGAACCCGUAAGGUUGGGUAUGAUCCCUAUUGUUGUGGAGCAAACUGGAAGGGGUGAGCGUGCAUACGAUAUUUACUCUAGGCUUCUCCGUGAACGAAUCAUAUGCCUAAUGGGACCCAUAAAUGACGAAAUAAGUUCAUUGGUUGUCGCGCAACUUUUGUUUUUGCAAUCAGAAUCUAGCAAGAAACCUGUUCAUUUAUACAUUAAUUCGCCAGGUGGUAAUGUUACAGCCGGGCUUGGUAUAUAUGAUACUAUGCAGUAUAUAACUCCACCAGUUGCAACUUGGUGUGUUGGUCAAGCUUGUAGUAUGGCAUCUCUACUAUUGGCUGCAGGAGCACCUGGUAUGCGCCAUGCCUUACCUAAUUCUAGGAUCAUGAUACAUCAACCAUCGGGCGGUGUUAGGGGUCAGGCUACUGAUAUACAGAUACAAGCUGAAGAGAUUUUAAAACUAAAAGCUCAAAUAAAUGGCUUAUAUGUCCGUCAUACUGGUUUGUUAAUUGAUAAAGUGCAGUCAUCUAUGGAACGUGAUUACUUUAUGUCCCCAGUUGAGGCUAAGACCUUUGGCUUGAUAGAUAAUGUUUUAGAGCAUCCACCAUCACAUGCUUUGGAGAAUGAAACUGGUAGUUCAGGAGCUACAGCAACAAAUGCUUAAGUAUGUGAUAGUAUCAUAUUGUUUUUAAUUAGUGAAGAUAUAAAAUAUAUUUCUUAUAUAAUCA